AGAUCCCGGAAGCGGUUGCUGUUGCUUUUGCAGGGCAACGCAGGGAGCGUCCCUGGAAGCGGAGCCGUUAGUGCAUGCGUUUAUAGCGGAGCCGCAGGCCUGCUCAUGUCCAGCCCCACCAUGUUGGCUCUUCCUGCGGCUCGAAUGGGAGAUCAGCUGAUCCUGGAGGAAGAUCAUGAUGAAAACUACAUCCCUCAAGAGCACGAAAUUCAGGAAUAUGCCCGAAUGAUAGGGAUUGAUCCAGAUGCUGAGCCUGAGCUGAUGUGGUUGGCUCGGGAAGGAAUUGUUGCACCUUUGCCACUAGAUUGGAAGCCAUGCCAAGAUGUUACCGGUGAUAUCUAUUAUUUUAACUUUGCUACUGGUCAGUCCACGUGGGACCAUCCUAUAGAUGAACAUUACAGAGAAUUGGUUGUACAAGAGCGUGCAAAGCUGCAGACCCAAGGCGGUGUCAAGAAGCGAGAGAAGAAAAAGAAGAAGGAAAAAAAGGUGAAGGACAAGAAGGUGAAGGAAGUUCCCAAACCUGCUAUGUCUCUGGGAUCCCCUCUUGGACCAGUGCAGGGACCACUUGGCAGUUUGGCUCCUUUACGUGCAAUGGGUGAGUCUGCUGGAGGCAGUGGUGGAGUGCGGGGGUCUCUGAGCAGCAGUGCGGGAAGCUCUGGAGGAUUCGACGGUCUGCUGGGAGGAACGUCUGGAGUUUCUGCUGCACAGCCACAAAAAACCGCCACGUAUAUCAAGAGCUCUGCAAUAAAGAAGCCAGAGGAGAGAGUAAGCCUCAGUUUGCCAGGUCUGGAAGAGGAAGAUGAGGAUGGGGAGCAGGAGAGUGAAGAUCAGAGUCCGCGAGGAUCUGCUCGUCUGCUCAAGAACUUGAAUAUGGAUAUCGGAUCUCUGGGAGUUGGCUUUGAAUAUGAGGAAUCUGAACCCAGCGAAGGGGUCAAGGAUCUCCCCAAGUCGAGGCAAAAUGGUCUGGAACCUAUGGACUUUGGACUUGGUGGUCGAUCACUGGAGAAAGUUCUUGACAUCAGCGCACUGUCUCCUGGACCUUUAAGCCCAAAAGAGACGAAAGAAGAAGAAGAAGAAGAAGUGGAUGAGGAUGUUGACGAAGACAUAAGUGAAGAAGAUCACCUUGAGCCUGUUAAAGAUCUAAUGGAGAUUGCCAAAAAAAAUAUUCCAGAAACCAAGCCUACAAGCUCUACCCCCGAUCCAGCAAUUGCUAAAAAUCAGUCGUUAUCAGAAUCACAUAAAUAUGGCUACCAGUCCUUUCAAAGUGCAGCCAAAGAGUCCAGACUGAAAGCAGAACCCUUAAAACCCACUGCAGAACCAGUGAAAGUUGUGGUAGAGACGUCUAAAGGUUCCCGUGGUACUCCUGAAUUAGUUGUGGAGCAGGAGAAGAUGGCAGUAGAGGAAGAACACAGGCAAAAGCUGCAGGAACUGAGAGACGGGCUGAGAAAAGAGGAAGAGGAGGAGAAACGUCGACUAUAUCAGCAACAGGAGAGCAACCUCAGGGCGUUAGAAGACAGGUUAGAAGAAGAGACAAGGAAGGAAGAGGACAAACUGCGGGAGAUCCAGAAACAGAAAUUGUUGAAGCUGGAAAGUGAGCUCAACCUGGAGAGGGAGGAAGAAGAAGAGCACAUGAAGAUCCGGGAAGAGGAGCUCAGAGAAGAGCGUGAGCGGACAUUACAGCAAAUGGAAGAGUCUCAGGAGGAGACGCUGCUGCAGGAUAAAAAUCAUCUCCUUGAAAAAAUGAAAAAAGAGACCGAACAUUUACUUGAACAAGAAAGGAAGAUGCUGCUCCGUGAAAGAGAAGCUGCCCUGGAAGAGCUGAGGGAGAAGCUUGGACAAGAGACCAAGCAGGUUCUUAAGUCUUUGGAGAAAAAGCUUUUGGAGGAUCUGGAGCAGCUAAGAGCAGAAGCUCUGGAGAAACAUCACAAGGAAAUAUCUGACCUGCAGAAAAUCAAGCAGAAAGAGGAUUCUGCAUCACCGGGUGAAUUGCACCUUGCUAACAAGAAAAUGAGCCAAAUGUUGGACUUUGAAACACAGAUGAUGGACCUUUUACAAGAAAAACGUGAUGCUCUGCAGAGAGACCAUGAAAGAAAGUUGGAGCGUAUGAAGGAGGAACAUGAACAGGCACUGGAGAAGAUGCAGAAUCGACUGCAGGAGGAGGAGCAGAACCAGAGGUCACAAAUGCUGGAAAAAUUAAAAAAGGAGCUGGGGAGGAUAACGCGGAGGCAUGAAGAGGAGCUGGAAAUCCAGCGGCAGGAACAGGAGCGGCGUCUAGAAGAACGGCAGCGCAGUUACCAGGAGCAGGAGAACAAGUUACAAGAUUUAGAACAAAACCUAGAAAUCCGAAGAAAACAGCUAAUAAUGAAGACGAGUCAGAUGGACAGCCAGGAAGAAGCUUUGUCACAGAAAAGAGAGCAACUAGAAGUUCGAGAAAAGGAGCUGGAGAGAAAAGCAGAGAGCGUCAAGACUCAAGAAACUGCAGUGAAGGAGCAAAGACAGCUUAGUGAACUAAUGCAACUAAAACACAGGGAACUGGAGGAGGCUCAAGACCAGAAGUCCGAGUUGGAGGCCCAAAUAGAACUUCUCAAGAGCCGUCAUAGGCGACUCCAGAAAAUGGCGAACGACUUGGAGGAAGAAGUAAAUAAGAAACAAGAGGACCUAAAGGUGUUAAAGAAAGAGGGAACAGUUAACCCAGCGGAGACAGAACUUCGCCUAGAAGAUCUGGCAAAGUCGAGCAACCUCAUCCAUAGCAUCGCCUCUUCUCAGUACCGUACAGAACUUCCUAAAGCAUCGUCAACCCCUGUACACAUCCCUGGACUGGACUCCAGCAUUGAUGAUAUGCGUUCUUACAUAUCAUCACAAGGAUCUUCCAUUCAAAGGGCCAAAGAUUUUUUACGCCUUCAGACCCGUUCUAUGUGCCGACGGCAGACUUUGCUGAAAGCAGCCAAGCAAGAGUGGCGUCACAACAUGCAGGAGUCUCAGGAUGCACAGGAGUCCCAAAAACUAGAAGGAAUAAGGAAGAAUCUAGAGGAGGAAUCUCGCAACCUGAAAGACAUUCGCGGCACCAUGGAGAAGGGACAUGUCUUGCUGCAAGAGAAGGAGCAACGUCUGCAGGAGCUGGAGGAUUCGCUCCUUGAGGAGGUGUCAGAAGAUGAUACUCUGAAAGGCAGAAGGAUCAAAAAAAUAGUGACGUUUGAUGUGAGCGACUCGGAUGACACCAGUAGCGGGAGCAGUAUGGACGCACAUAGAGCAGGCGACGUUCCGGGGUCCGAGAUCAGCCUCCCACUGAAAGUCCAGCAUCUCUCCCAGUCCCUGCGCCACAUCACGGCUGAGCUGAACAGUGUUUUAUCAUCCCUGUCGUAUGACCCGCAGUCCAUACUCUAUGCACACAGCCAGCCUCCAUCCAUGGCCGGCAUCCCUGUUUCUGCGUACGCAUCAUUGUCCAGAAUCGGUCCUCAGAUUGGCAGCCAUUCGCUAUCCCAGUGGGCUUGGAGAACUGGUGCCCACUCAAAUGCUGCUUCAGCCUCUGCUGCCCAGACAGUGGAUGCCAUUGUGGCAGAGAAAUGGAGAAAGUAUUUCCCAGGGGGGACGCCGCUACUUGUUGAGCAACCGCUACACACAGAGAAUAAAUUAGGAUAUGUUACUGCUGAGGAACAGCUCAGGAACAUGCAGAGCACAACGUUACGAGCCCAGCACACAGAUAAGCAGACCUUGCAGGCCAUGAUCGACACCAACAAGAAAUGGCUGGAGAAUUACAAGAACGACCCCAAGGUUCUUCUCCCGUCACGUAUGAACCGAUCUCCAACGGGAAAAGGACUUUUGCAGCUGGGCCUGGACGAAAAUGACAAAAUCAAAGUCUAUCAUUACUAGCAGUCGAGCAGCGAUCGGCCGACGGAUGGGACGGAUUCUGCGAUACAGAUAAAUUGGUCUGAUAUCUCAUUCACUGUACGUAAUUCUGUAAGGUACAGACUUAUGAAAAUGAUAACGUUUCAGAACUGGGGACUUUUUCGUAACACUGCAGGUCUCCGAUAUUAAAGCGAAGCUCCGCCUUCUUGCAUCGGGGAAUGGCUAUCCAUGCGUAACAUUAUUUAAGAAAAAAAAAAAGUCCAAAGGAUUCUGCAUACCAAAAAGAACACUAAGCCGGAAGUCUGUCCUAAGUAUUGUCGCAGUGCAGAUGAAUGCAGCAUUGCCGACCAGCAGUUACUUUAGGCUGGAGAGAAGACGCAUAUUAUAAUAGGAUUGCGCUAGAAAAAUGCCUGCUGCAUGGUCACUUCUGGAACUCUUACAUCUCCACUUCUCAGAACUACAGAAAAAUUGACAUAUAUAUGAAUGAUAUCAAUAGCAUUUUCCAUAUGCUGCCCUUUUAUAUGUUGCAGACAUUAGGGUUAGUGUGCCUUUAAAUAAGGUUAGGGAAUUGCAUAAAUAGCAACUGCCUACAUUUAUCUUACUAUGGGAGACACCUCCUUUAACCUCUGGAGAGUUCUUUUGAUGCUGAUGACCUAUCCACAGAAUACACCGUCGAUAUCUGGAUGGUCCAGCACACUGCAGCCCUGCCGACCAUCUGUUUGGAAGUAGCACCAGGAGUACACCGCUCCAUCCAUUGCACAGUGGAUGGAAAUGUGUAGUUCCGGUGCUAGAGCUAUUCCCAAGCAGAUGAUUGACGGGGGCGGGGUGUCGGACUCCCACCAAUCAGAUAUCGAUGGCCUGUCGUGAGCAUAGGCCAUUAAUAGAAAGGGACUGAACAACCCUCUAAUACAACCCUCAUAGAUGGUAAUUCCAGCAUAUUCUGAAAGACAGCUGUAAAGCGAGUUUCCACCUUCUUGGGUUCAAAAUUCUUUGCAGGGGUAAAACGCUGUAUUUUGUCUGUUUUUGUAGGAUAAAGAAGCUCCAAAUCCCCAAAAUAGACAUACAAACAUAACAUUCUGACUACCGGCAGUCACCACUAGAGGGAGCACAUACAGUGCAGAUUUACUAGUCCUGUCUAAUAUUUAGACAGCAUAAGCGUAGAUCAGACGCCAAAUUUAUCGCAGUGCCUCUUUCUGUAAGGUAAACUUGUGCAUCUUGCCAGACACUUUCGUCUAACUACUGGUUGGCUUACACUGGCCGAGGAUUGGGCCGGUCAUCAGAAACGAAUGUUUGUAUCCAGGCUGCUCCCCAAUAAUUGGCUUUUAUGAAGGUAACAUAACGCCCAUGUAGACAGAACAAAAAAAAUGUUCAGGGGUCACUUUAAGGGUGAAGUUUUACAGAUCUUAAAGAUUACGUGCACUAAAUAUCCAUAGCUGGCAGAACCAGGUGGUAAUAGGAUGGUCAGAAUCCAUAGCCCCGUGGUUACAUUGACAUGUCCUAUUCCUAAGCUGCUUCCGCAGGGCCACAGCAGGGAGAAUCAUUUCUAUAAAUUGUGUAGAUAUUUUUUAUACUGGAUGAGAGAUCACUAUUAGCUUGUGCACUUUGUACAGAGACGCGCUAUGGGCAGUGUUAUACACGCCUUGCCCAUUACGUCGUGUCACCUGGAGGACACCUAUAGAGUAUAUUCUAGUGCCUGUUGAUUUUACACUUUGCCUUAUUGUGUAUCUGAGUUUACAAAAUGUUAGAAGCUUCCUAUGGAAUAAAAGGAAACAGUGCUGACAGUUUGGACCCCCAACCAUUCAGAUCCUGAUUUGUGAAGACCCAGCGGUGCACACGUGGGUGUUCUGGAGACCUGGGAGUGGAAGCAUUCAUUGUGGACUUACACCACUACUUUUCAUCAUGUUCCAAAUCUUAUAAACAAACAACGCAAUUUGCACAAAAAGGGAUUUUUUUUCCAGGUUUUUAAAUGGAUGUCCUAUCCUUAGAAUAGUCCUGAGAUGCCGUCUUUCAAGUAGGCAAUAUCUGAAGGAGGACGUCGGCUCUCCGGACAUGACUGUUUUAGUAAAUAUCCUCCACGUAAUAUAGCAUUUCAUUGGCCUUAAAGGGCAUCUGUACCUAUGACACUGGCUGA